AUGACCCGAAUACACCGACCUACCAGCGCCAACUCCAAAAUACCAGAGGACCCGACCACCGAAGACAAGCUCACCUAUACUCAUCACGAACCAAUUGGUGUCGUCGGUCAAAUCAUCCCAUGGAAUUUCCCAUGUGCAUUGGAGGCCGCUGCGAAGAGCAACCUCAAAAACGUCACCCUUGAGCUCGGUGGAAAGAGCCCAAACAUCAUCUUUGACGAUGCAGACCUCAAACAAGCCGUCAACUGGGCUGCAUUCGGUAUCUCUGGAACCACGGUCAGACGUGUUGUGAAACUCGGUGCAAAUAAGAGCCUCGCGCGUCAAGGAAAGCGCUUUUAG